GAGAUUGGCCAUCGACAGACACGUUCGUUUUGCUCCAGAGGAUGAGGCACACAGUAUAUAAAGCUUGCAAUGUUCGACUAAAGUUCAGUAUUCUUUCCUUGGCUAUAAUUCGUGCUGUCAAGUUUGGUCCGACCAGCGUCGUCAUGUCUAUCCAAUUGAUUAUUCUUGCUUCGUUGGCCAUUGGAGCUUUCGCUUCUCCUGAUCCCAACUAUAAACCUCGUCCUCCACAGUACGGCGCUCCACCCAGAUACGAAUACGUCGAGAUUCCGCAUUGCGCUAAAAACACAACCAAAUCCUGGUGUCUCGAAGACUCUGAAUAUCCUCGACACGAAGUUCAACAAGCUCUAGAUGAACACUACCAGGCCGUUCUCGCUUUUUACAAGGACAAAUUGGCCAGCACGGAAAACUCUGUCGACGGACUGGACAAGUUGAACGACGAGAUUUACCUUUGCCCGAGUUCCACUGGCUACAUCCGUCCUCUUCGUGCCAUCAACGUCGAUGGCAAAUGGCGCACAAUCAUCAACAACGUCGAGUCUUAUGGCAUCAAAUACACCCAAACUGCUCGUGUGGAAGAAUGUGAUGUUGUUGUUGGGACCAAUUGUCCCUUAGUCGAGUCGUGCUACGACUCGAAAUGCAUCCAGAAGAACAUGUUCCAUCGCUUUUUGGUUUACAACCCCUAUGAGGAAAAUUUCCCAUUCGCAAUUGAGAAAUUCAAACUUCCUGGCUCGUGCGGAUGUGUCGUCGGAGCCUUCCACCUUUAAGGUUGUGAGAUGUUCAGUGUCUUCAAACAAUACUUCGGAUUGCUGUAACUAUGCAAGAUUGGUUCAAACUACAUACGGACACUGAAUCCGCUUAAAUUAUUUAAAUUUACCUAUAAAAAAAAAUAAAUUAAUUUGGCAUUUA